AGUCUCAAUAUGUGGACGCCAUGACGGCCAGUUUUUAAAUUAUCUUUUAAAAAAUCAUAGACAAUUAAUUGCUCAAAUUACACAAUGGCUAAUUACUUACCACCAGAAUGGGAAGAUGAGAGUCGUAUGAAUUUUCUUUUUGCUCCUUUUAAACGAAGAAGCCUUAAUCCAGAAUCAUAUGAUGCUAAAUUGAAGUUUUGGAUAAAAUUAAUCGAGAGCCAUCUAAGUCACCAUAAAAAUUUUAAAUUUCAACCGAAGACAUUAGCUCGACAAUUCUUGCGUAAAAGUCUUAUACCUGCGUGUUUGCAGGAUGUUAUACAGCAUUUGUACGAAAAUCAACAAGUUUUAACUGUUCAAGACUUUAGAAGAAAUUGUCAGAGAACAGGAUGGAUAAAGUGGAGUUGGAAUAUGUUAGUUCAUAAGCCUGUAGCAUGGACGUUUAAUAAGGUCUGGGGUACAAAAAAGCCUGAAGUUGAUUCUGAAUAUGUACACUUAAAUUUGAUAGAGAGCUCUUCUAAAGAGUUAUUAACUAGAUAUUAUAGUAACCGGCCGAAUGAAGGCAGUAAUAUUGUUCCAUGGCAAGAUAUCAUCUUACUAAUGUCAGAUGUCUGUGAUGAUAAAUCAUUGGAACUGGUUAUCUUAGCUCUUCAAUACCAAGGUCACGCCAUUAUGAUAAAAGAUCCACAACUUGGCAAGUUUGUUAAAUUUGCCAAAGAAGAAAACGAGAGAUUAUUUGAUUUUAAUCCAGAGGAAUUAGAUAAAUUUCGAUUAGAACAAAUGUGUAAUAAAUUGGAAAAUGCCAUAAGAAAGAAAGAAGAUCAAAUGGAAGAAUGUCGAACUCAAGCAAAAAUAUAUCUCAAUCAGAAACAGCACACUUCAGCGAAACAAUGUCUACGUCGUAAAAAGAGAUUAGAAGCAUCAAAAAUCCAAUUAGAGAAUCAAUUAGAUAACUUUCAUGUAACGCUGGAGAAAAUCGCUCAGAGUAGGAACAAUGCUGAAGUUUAUGAAGCAAUGAAGUCUGCAAGCUCUGCAUUAAAAAAGAAUUCGCUAUCUGUCAAUCAAGUAGAUGACGUCGUUGACGAAAUUAACGAUGCAAUCGACGUUCAAGACGAUUUAAAUAGGUCGAUUGUAAAUGUUUCACAUAACGAUAUGAUCGAUCAGCAAGAACUACAGGACGAAUUGGAUAAAAUUUUAGCAGAUGAAAAUGUUUGCGAUAUCAUAUCUGAUAUGCCUGAAGUUCCGAAAUUUGAACCAGCGAAACCAGAGAUGUCAAAGACUGGUCAAAAAACUCAUGAAAUGCUUAUUGCAAGUUAA